AUGCACCGUCGCCGACCUCAUAACAAGUCGCGCAAUGGGUGCCAAAACUGCAAACGCAGGAAAGUGAAGCCAGCUGUUGAUAUAUUUGCGCUGAUGUAUCGUGAUAGUGCGAUGAGGUACACCCAGUCUGCAGUAAUUGUAGCGAGCGACAAGUCGAAUGUAUUUUUACUAUGCCAGGGCCAUAUCUCUGGACGGAUCGGUCAUCAUCGAAACCACGACGAAGCAAGCAAUCACUACCCGAUGCCGAUACUCCGAGUACCUCCAUCAUUUUCAGUGCGAUCAGGCUAUCAAUCCGAGUCCUGCGUCAACCGAAACCCCGGUUCCUUUGCAUAUGGAACAGCUAGAACUGAUGGUGCAAUGGAUGAAGCAUACACACAAAGAUUUUUUGAGGGGGAGGAGACUCGAAAGAUUAUGGAAAUCUCGGUGCUCGAAGCUGGCUUGACCGCACCGUUCCUGAUGCAUGGAGUCAUGGCCCUAUCCGCCCUACAUUUAUCACACCAAACUCAAUCAGAUCAAGGAAGACGAGGAUCGUCAUGGUUCACAAUAGCAAUGCAUCACCAAAAUGCAGCGCUCUCGAUUUUCAGAGAUCAGUUGAACCAAAUAAAUGAGAAAAAUUUUCACGCUUCGAUGAUCUUCGCUGGAUUGGCAGCUGCGUUUGGCUUCGCAAGCGCUUUACAGGCGGAGACAACAGAAGAGAUGCCGGGCUUAAAUACUUUGUUGAAGAUUUUUGACUUGGCGCGUGGCUUAAAAGCCGUUCUUGAUUCUACUAGCCAUUUCCAACAAGAGAAUGGCUUGAACCCCCUCUUGGUAUUUGAGGUUCCCGCCGAUGCAGCCGUCCCUAAAUUUACUGAAUCGGCUUUUGAUCGGCUUGUCGAAUUGAGCGAGAAAAUUGAUUAUCAUACCGAAUUUUAUAAGAGAGCGAUUCAAUCUUUGCGAUUCUUGUGUUCUAUCUCAUUCACUGGGCCUGGCUCGAUGACUUUAUCGGUGGGGUGGGCCAAUCUGGUUCCAAGAGAAUACCUUGAAGAUCUUAAAUGCAGGAAACCUUUUGCGUUGGUCGUCUUAGCUCACUAUUGCGUAUUUCUGCAUAUGGGACAACAGAAUUGGUGCCUAGGACGCUGGGGCUAUGAAGUUCUGAUGGAGAUAUCUCAUAUACUAGACUUAGAGUGGAAGCCUUAUAUUGCCUGGCCCCUUGAGCAAGUCUUCCAAGUGACUACUCUAGUAUAA